AUGACGAAGACCAAAGAAGAAAUCCAUGCCCAAUUUGACUCGGAAUUUCUUGACCUCGAGUCGAUGAUCAUUGAUAUUGUUGACCACCAGACCCAGCUAGUCUACGCUAGAGACAUGGAAGAGAUGCCUCAACAAUUACAUUUCGUGCUUCCCGAAUACUCGACAUACGUGCUUACUGUCAAGUACAAGGUGAAGAAGAGAGACCUUGGAAAGCUCACCUAUCAUCAGGUAGUGCGCAAGCAUGGCAUUCCUUUCAAAACCAGAAACGAGGAUGUGACCAAGAACGCGGUUAUUACCGAAUGCCCAAAGUCUCCCCACUCGGUGACAUUUGCUCCCGAUACCUUACCAGGAGGUCCAUUCAUAAGGGGCACUUAUGACGCCUCCAGUCACUUCGAAGAGCAGGGUCAGAAGCUUUUGAGUGUGCCUUGGAAGAUCGAGAUUGUCAAAAAGAAUGUCAAGCCUCGAAUUGAUGGUUACUACAGCUAG